AUGCUGCCCCGGUCGCUGACUCGGCUCGCUUCGCGCCACAAGUGGUCGCUCGUGUUCGUUCUGGCCAUCGUCACCGUGAUCGGCGUGUCCAUCUUGCCCGUGCGGGAGCAAGCGCCCACACAGCAACAGCAACCCGGCGGUUACCGCCUCUUUGCGGCUCCCGAAGACAACCUCGCCAACGCAAACAACGACAACGACAACAAGGAUGACAACGGCCUUAACACGGUGGUCGAGCAGCAGGAGCAGCAGCUGUCGCAGCUCCGGCAGGUCGUCGCCCGUCUCACACAGGAGAACGCGCGCCUCUCACUGAGCAAGGACGAGGCGCUCGAAUCCGUCCAGCUCGCCAUUGCCGACGCCGAAGCCGCUGCACGUGCUGCCGAACAGGUCGCCGCAGCAGCCACCCGUGCUGAGGAGGAGGCAGAGCGACAACUGGCUGAAGCGAAGGCGGCGGCAGCGGCGUCUGGUCCCAAGGGAGGUGCGACACUGAACAAGGCCGCCGCAGCCCGCGACCCGUCCAAACCGCACCGCUUUGACGACGACGACAGUGAGGCCGGCACCUACAACCGCGAGGCGACGCCCGAGGAGAUUGGCGAGUCCAUCCGCGCCGACUGGAAGAGCUUUGCUGCCACGCACGGCAUUGAACGGACGCUCUCGGACGCCGUCGCCGCUCCCGGCACUGCUGCUGCCACCGCCGCCCGCGACUCUGCCGAGCUCCCCAAGCGCAUCCUCGUCACUGGCGCCGCUGGCUUUGUCGGCUACCACACUUCCAUUCACCUCAAGACGCGUGGUGACUUUGUCUUUGGCCUCGACAACCUCAACUCGUACUAUGACCCGCGCCUCAAGGUCGGCCGCAUGAAUUCCCUAAAGGAACUUGAUGUUCGCGUCAUCACUGGUGAUGUGUGCGACGCGGAACUGCUGCGAUCUCUGUUCAGCUCGGUGGACAUUACCCACGUCGUUCAUCUUGCUGCCCAAGCUGGCGUCCGUUACUCGCUUGAUCAUCCCCUGGCCUACAUUCGCGCCAACGUCAAGUGCUUUAUUACUUUGCUUGAGGUCAUCAAGGAGUUCCACACCAAGGAGCGCCCCAUCAAGACCGUCUACGCUUCCAGCUCUUCAGUGUACGGCCUCAACACCAAGCAGCCGUUUAGCGAAACCGAUCAAGUCGAUAUGCCCGCCAGCUUGUAUGCUGCCACCAAGAAGUCGAACGAAGGCAUUGCUCACGUCUACCACCACCUGCACAAGCUGCCGUUGACUGGUCUUCGCUUCUUCACCGUGUACGGACCGUUCGGUCGCCCGGACAUGGCCUACUACAGCUUCACUGCCUCGAUCGUUGCCGACAAGCCCAUCACUGUGUACAAGAACGACGAUGGCUCGGAAAUGAUGCGCGAUUUCACGUUCGUGUCGGACAUUGUUGCCGGCAUCACCGCUUGCGUGGAUCUUGGCGCCGAGCUGGAGGUGUUCAACCUCGGUAACAACAACCCCGAAAAGCUCAGCACCCUCAUCAAUCUCAUUGAGAAGGGCCUUGGUCGCGAAGCCGAGAAAAUCUAUGCUCCGAUCACUGCAGGUGAUGUGCCGUCAACGUUCGCGGACGUCUCGCACUCGAAGAAAAUGCUGGGGUAUGAGCCCAAGGUGUCGUUGGAGAAGGGCAUUUCCAUCUUCCUUGACUGGUACGCCAAGUUCCACAACCUGGACAUUCCCGGCCUUCAAGUAGCAGAGUGA